AUGCAGCGCUUCUUACUGGCCACCUAUGUAUGCGCAACCAUUCAGGGCCCGUCUUCUCCAGAGCGUCCCUCCUCCGUCUCUCGCACCGUCGCGGCCGGCCCUUCACCAUCACCCUGCAGCCACGUAGCUGGACAAAGCUCUCGCAGCCCCCCCAGCAGCAGCGAGCGAGGAGGGACUCUAUACACAUCUACACCCGUCUCUGGCGCUAUCGAGCUUCUCGAAUAUCCUGAAAAGCCUCCCAGAGAUCCUCGAGAGCAGCAUCACCACGAAAAGCGUGAAGCGAAACGCCUCUGGCUCGAGGCUCAAGAUGAGAUGAAGUUCUCCCACAGCAUCCAAUUCAAUGCUGUCCCGGACUGGAGCAGCCACUAUAUUGCCUACAGCAAUCUCAAGAAGCUCAUAUACAACCUCGAGAAGAAUGCUGCCCAGGCACGCUCCGGUGACCACGAAUCACGACCCCUCAUCUCCACCGACGAACCUGAAGACGUGUUCUCCAAGGCUCUUGGCAUAGAACUAGAGAAGAUCUGCUCAUUCUAUGUCGCCAAGGAGGGUGAACUUCAUGACGAUGUCUCCCAACUAUUACGCGACGUCGCCGAUCAGCCAGCGCUAGAAUCAUCCACAACCUUCCGUCGCAGAUCCAAUGACACAAACCGCCCCGAUCGCAGCGGCCACCAUGGCCGCACCGCGAGCGUCACCGACCAAACAUCUGACGAUGAUGCUGGCGACGACACGGGCAGCGAAGAGGAGGAUGAAAGCGCUGCACUUACCCAUGCCAAAGGCCAAGGCCGUCGCAGCACAGCACCCAACUUUGCACCGCCCCCUUUGAAGUCUGGUCCAUCCUCCGAUCUCGGUCGCGCUCCAUCUACACGCCGACACAGCACCACGUUUGACGACUACGGCGAGGUGAGCACCGUCUUCGCCUCGGCGCUCUUCCCGUCGGCCAUCAUGCUCAAGAAGCGCAUCAUUGGUCUCUAUGUCUCUCUCUGCGAGCUCAAGUCGUACGUGCAACUCAACCGCACCGGUUUCGGCAAAGUACUCAAGAAGUUCGACAAAAUCAUGGAUAAGGAGCUCCGCAAUGUAUACAUCAAAACACACGUGGACACGGCGUAUCCUUUCAAGGAGGAUACCAAGAAGCAUGUUGAAGACUACAUUGCAGAGAUGGAAUCGGCAUACUCCACCAUUGUCACCGGCGGCGACGAUGUUUUGGCCAAGAAGGAGCUACGCUCACAUCUUCGCGAACAUGUCGUUUGGGAGCGCAACACUGUCUGGCGUGACCUCAUUGGUAUUGAGCGCAGAGGAGAGGCUGCUCGACUCGGCUCGCUGCUUCUCGGGCCAGACUCAACCCAAUCUAAGCGACUACAGGGAGAUGACGACAAGACCAUGCCAAUGACCACCAUUGCCACACCCUUCGGUCGACUUAGGCUACCUGUUUGGAUGGCCAAUUAUUCUAUGCUCACGCUCGUGCUCUCCACUGCAGCAUUCUUUGCAUUACUCUUCGUUCCCAUCCUGAAGCACCCUGAGCAGCAAAACUGCCUCGCCAUGUUGGUCUACGUGAGCCUCCUGUGGGCAACGGAGACACUUCCCCUCUUUGCUACUGCGCUUUUGAUCCCCUUCCUCUCCGUCAUACUCCGGGUCGUUCGUGAUGAGCAGGGCGACCACCACCGUCGCUUCAACGCAAAGGAUGCUACGGCGGCCAUCUUUGCUUCCAUGUGGAGCCCAGUAAUCAUGCUCCUGCUCGGCGGCUUCACUGUUGCUGCCGCCCUUUCCAAAUGCACUAUUGAUAAGAAGCUAGCCACACUGGUUCUCAGCAAGGCUGGCACCAACCCCCGCGUCGUGUUGAUUGCCAACAUGCUUGUUGCGGCAUUUGCAUCGAUGCUUAUCAGCAAUGUCGCCGCCCCUGUACUCUGUUAUUCACUCAUCGACCCCAUGCUUCGCACUCUACCCUCUGAUUCGCCCAUGUCAAAGGCCGUCAUCAUGGGCAUCGCGUUGGCGUCCAAUAUUGGCGGCAUGUUGUCACCCAUUGCGUCACCGCAAAACGUUGUUGCCAUGGGUAUCAUGCAACCAGCACCGACUUGGCUUCAGUGGUUCUUCAUCGUUAUUCCCGUCGGCACGGUCUCGAUUGUUGCCAUUUGGAUGCUGCUCCUGGUCACUUUCCAAACCAGCCAAGGAACAUCUAUCCAGCCUGUACGGCCACUUAAAGAGAAGUUCACCGCUUUGCAGUGGUUUGUAACCGUUGUAACGCUCAUAACCAUUGCUCUUUGGUGCGCAAGCCAUCAGAUGGAGGACGUCUUUGGAGACAUGGGGGUCAUCGCUAUCAUCCCGAUUGUAACCUUCUUUGGCAUGGGUAUUCUCACCAAGGAGGACUUCAACAACUUUCCUUGGACUAUCAUCAUCCUCGCCGCCGGCGGCCUGUCCCUAGGAAAAGCCGUCCGCUCCUCUGGUCUCCUCCACACACUAGCCGAAGUUGUGUCCAACGAGGUUCAAGGCAUGGGUGCUUAUGGCGUGCUCGUCGUCUUUUCGUCGCUGAUUCUAGUUAUUGCGACAUUCAUCAGCCAUACAGUUGCAGCACUGAUCUUCCUCCCACUCGUCUAUGAUGUCGGUGCCGCCAUGAAUCAACCUCAUCCCAACCUAUUAGUCAUGGGCGGCGUGCUCAUGUGUAGUGCUGCCAUGGGUCUGCCAACCAGUGGCUUCCCUAAUAUGACCGCUAUAAUGAAGGAGGAUGCUACGGGUCAACGUUACCUCCAAGUCAAGCACUUCAUUACCCGGGGUAUUCCCAGCAGCAUUCUCACACUUGUUGUUGUGGUGACAUUGGGAUACGGCAUCAUGCAAGUUGCUGGUCUAGACUGA